AUGGCUGCGCCGCCCGAUACGGAGAGCUUGGAGUCUCGUAUCAACAGAGCCACAAACCCGCUGAACAAAGAUACAGACUGGAGCAGCAUCCACGGCUUUUGUGACCAGCUCAACAAUGAUCUGGAGGGACCUCAGCUGGCCACCAGGCUCCUGGCCCACAAGAUCCAGUCUCCACAGGAGUGGGAGGCCAUGCAGGCUCUGUUGGUUCUGGAGACAUGUAUGAAAACCUGCGGGAAGCGGUUUCACAGUGAAGUGGGAAAGUUCCGCUUUCUCAAUGAACUCAUCAAAGUAGUUUCUCCAAAGUACCUGGGUGCACGGUCGCCAGAGCCGGUAAAGAAGAAGGUGUUGGAGUUGAUUUAUAGCUGGACUUUGGGGCUGCCGGAUGAAGCCAAGAUCUCAGAUGCGUAUCAGAUGCUGAAGAAACAAGGUAUUAUUAAACAAGACCCAGAGCUACCACCUGACAAACUACUGAACCUUCCUCCACCAAGACCCAAGAAUGCCAUUUUUGAGGAUGAGGAGAAGUCAAAAAUGCUGUCUCGCCUGUUGAACAGCUCGCACCCUGAGGACUUGAAAGCAGCCAACAAACUCAUUAAGGAAAUGGUCCAAGAGGAUCAGAAACGAGCGGAGAAGGUGUCAAAGCGGGUAAACGCCAUCCAGGAAGUGAAGGAGAGCGUCACCCUGCUGACUCAGCUCCUGCAGGACUACGACAGCACGGCCAGCGACCAGAGCAACGCCGAGCUCAUACAGGAUCUGUACCAGCGCUGUGAGAAAAUGAGACCUACGCUGUUCAGACUGGCGAGUGAUACAGAGGAUAACGACGAGGCUCUGGCGGAAAUCCUGCAGGCCAACGACAGCCUGACUCACGUCAUCAACCUGUACAAACAGCAGGUGAAAGGGGAGAUUGUAAAUGGCAACAACACAUUAAACGCACAGAAACAAACAGGAGGCACGGCGCUGCUCGAUCUGACAGGAUUGGACACGUCACCCCAGUCGCCCCCCUCCUUCCCAGAGUUCCCCACCCCGACAGACAGCCUCAACGCCCCCUCGCAGGAGACGGGGAUCAGUCUCCUCGACGACGAGCUCAUGUCACUCGGUUUAAGUGAAGGAACACACACCUCCAAUCCCCCCUCCCAACCUGAGGACUCCACAGCCUGGGACUCCUUCCAGUCCUCUGACAGCAUAGAUGCAGACAUCCCAGCAGCACCCAGUCUCCUCCUGAGUCCCGACCCACCCUCCCACUCGCAGACCCUGUCGUCUGGCUCCACCCCUGGGAACUCUGCCCUAGACGAGCUUGACCUACUGGGAAAGACGCUGCUCCAGCAGUCUCUGCCUCCAGAGGGCCUGCAAGUCAAAUGGGACAAGCAGCAGUCCAAACCAACUCUGAGAGAUCUCCAGAGCAAGGCCAGCUCCAACAUUACCCCAAACCCCAUCCCAGUCUUCACCAAUGAACCUGCGCCUCUCCUCAACUCUCAGCCCAGCCUUGGACCUACGUUGCUGGACAUGUCCCCGACUCACACAGAGACUCUUCCUCCUCCUCCUCCUCCUCCUGCUGCUGCUACUCCUGAAGUCACUCUGACUGAUGUUUUUGUACCGCUAGAAUCCAUUAAGCCCAGUAGUUUGUUACCUGUGACUGUAUUCGACGGACACAGUCUGCGGGUUCUCUUCCACUUCGCUCGUGACUCGCCUCCGUCUCGUCCCGAUGUGCUGGUGGUGAUCAUCUCCAUGCUGUCCUCCGCCCCUGUCCCCGUCACCAACAUCGACUUCCAAACCACAGCUCCAAAGUCUAUGGCAGUGAAGCUGCAGCCUCCAUCAGGAACAGAGCUCCCAGCUUUCAACCCCAUCCUUCCCCCUGCUGCCGUCACACAGAUCCUGCUACUUGCAAACCCAAACAAGGAAAAAGUGCAGCUGCAGUACAGAUUAACCUUCACUAUGGGCGAGCAGGACCACAGUGAGAGCGGCAGUCUAGAACAGUUUCCUCCUCCGGAGACGUGGGGUAACCUAUAGCAUUUAAAAAAAACAAAAAAAACAAAAAACACGCCCACAACCCGACAGACUCUCUGCUUUCCAGACUCGGCUUCCUUCCUCCCCCUCUUCUCGCCCAGAAACCGACUGUCCAAACUCAACACUGCAUUAACCUUGUCCUUUUUAAAAAUCGCUCUGUGCUUUCUUUGAUUGGUAUUGAUUGAUUUUUCCUUGGACUACGCUCAUGCUCAGUCAGUGUAAACCUUUUGUGUGUAUGCUUUUGCUCUUUAAUGAGUUGUGUGUGUCCUGGUCCGGUCCAGUCCGCUGUAUGUGGCUGCUCUGAAACAAAAAAAAAAACCCAUGCAACUGCUCCCCCCAGCAGCCGUUGCAGUUCAUAUCAUCAUGUUUAUAACGGAUAGUGCUACUAAGGAAGAAAAACGACUUCAAAUAUGUGCUUAUUUGCUCAUUUGGUGUGCUUGAUUUAUUCACCUAGAGCACAAAACUCAGCUUUUUUUUUUGUUUUUUUGUGGAGUUUAAAAAUUAAUUAUGAGUUGCAUUUACCUUCACUUCUGCAUGCUCUGCCAACAUGGUGCAUAGUGUUUUUAAAAGAAAAAAAAAUCCAGCACACCAAAAGAAGAAAGGAAAUAAACAUCACAGACUCAUCUUAUGUUAUAAAACAAAAAGCUGUACAACUUUUUUUGUGGUGUCUGUUUUUGUGACGAGUGAAUCAUCAUAGGAUUUCUUUCCCGACGACUGAGCCCACUUUUUUUUUUUGAUUUGCACAGAGGAAUGAUUUCUUGAUAGUAGUUUUCCCAUCUUGUGUAAAGAACAAAAUUCACUGUAUUAAGAGUUGUGUAUUAUUAUUAUUAUUAUCUA